UGGGGGGCACCCAAAAUGAGGUGGCGGGCUGUAGUUUGGGGACCACUGCCUUAGAUUCUAAGACUUAGAACAUUAAAAAGUAAAAAAAAGUAAAGUAACUUCAGGAGCUUGAAUUGUCAGGUGCGACAAAUGCUACAAGAUUACAAUUUGAAAAUGAUACAGAUAAGAUACUGAGGGAGAACAUUAGGACAUGGACCCCAUAUGACCAUGCAUGACCUUUGACCCCAUGACCUUGAGUACCUAAUAGCUGAUUCAAACAACAGGAUAUUAUUAAAACCACUUAAUGGAUAUGACAUGAGGAUUUAUGCAAGGGAUAACAUUCGCCGAGGUGCCCUGAUAUGCAGAAAUAAUGGAGGAGACGGACGCAAAGACCUCCCAGAUGCAAAAAAGGGUGGAGUGGUGUAUUUUAGGACACCUUACAGGAUGCUAUUCUGUUUGUCUCCCAUGUUGCCAGUCAUGUAUAUAGCACAAAAAGGGAAGUUCAGUUCAGUUUAAAAAGAGACUUUCCUGUUCAAUUUGUCAUAUUACUUUAAUUUGGUUACUGAAAUGAUGGUGGGUAGUUUGCUUUGUUACAGUUGAUUCCACUGUUGAUAGAUAGAUAGAUAGAUAUAUAGAUAGAUACUUUAUUGAUCCCUAAGGGGAAAUUCAAGAAUGUUGUGAAGCAUGCUUGUUGUCAGUUCAAUCAUCGUUUACAUUGAUAUAGGACUGUGAUUACAUUUAUUUUUUACCAGAUCUACUUCAUAGGAGCCCCAAUGUACAGAAUUAAUAGCCCUCUGCCAGCCAGUCAGAAAAUAGUAUUUCUUGUCUCUUCGGAAUACGUUUUCAAUAAUAUGCCUUGUAGUUUCUUUUUUGAUAUGCCAUGAUUGUGUGGGUAUAUUUGUAUUUUCACAUGACAAAUUACUUGUAUUUUAAUGAAAUAGGCCUAUUUGUGCCCACCUCUGACCAUAGUAGGCUAGACUACUCCAGCACAGCUGGUGGCGGCAGUAUCAAAUUAGUUUACAGUCACAAGUGUUCAAUUGUAAACAUCAGCAGAAAAAGACACUGACACAUUAGCCUACUUUGGAAUAGGCUAACCUAUAGUUUAACCAACUACUCCGAGUGUAGCCUUACCAGUGUAAGACAUGGCUAUGGUAGAAGUAUGGGUUAUUAUGGCUGCGUUGUGUGUUGCAGAGGCGAGUCCACCUAUGCUUACUGUUAAUUUGGAUGUGCCGCCAGAGGAACGAUGGGCACCACUUGUGGAAUUGUUCGACGAACAUUUCUUACGCCAAGUUGCGGCAGAAGUAAUCGAAUCAACAGUACCAAAAUGGGUUCACCAUGCAGUUAUUCCCAUAGUGAAUGCCCUGGAAAAAUACAUGCCCCCACCAUAUGCCAAAGAGAUACAAGGAAUGGCCUCUUACUAUGGAGCUAACAUUGCUGAUAUUGUUCUGCUCAAUUUUGCCUAUGAAGUUACAGCGUUUUGCAGUAGUAUUAUAACUCAAGACUCAAAAGGAAACAUAUACCAUGGUCGAAACCUAGAUUAUCCCCAUGAUGUCCUCAGAAACAUAACCAUUGAUGUCAGUUUCAUACAAAAUGGAAAGGAGUUAUAUAGAGGAACCACAUUUGCUGGCUAUGUGGGUCUGUGGACAGGACAGAGUUCCAAAAAAUUUACUGUGUCAGGAGACCAGCGCUCAAAAGGCUACUGGUGGGAAAAUGUCAUUGCUGCAGUAAUGGAAAGUGCCCCCGCUAGCUGGUUGGUGAGGCAGACUUUGGAGGAAGCAGCAAACUUCCAGGAUGCUGUGAUGCGAUUGUCCAAAGUUCCCCUCAUAGCUGAUGUUUACUACAUAGUUGGUGGAAUUCAUCCAGGGGAAGGGGUUGUGAUUACGAGAGAUAGAAGAGGGCCAGCUGACAUUUGGCCCCUGGAUCCCCUUAAUGGAGCAUGGUAUAGAGUAGAAACGAACUACGACCACUGGUUGCCAACUCCAUCUCGGGAUUAUCGAAGAGCUGCUGCCACAGAGGCGUUAAAUGCCACCGGGCAAGAUCAAAUUAACUUUGAAACACUCUAUAAGGUUUUGUCUGUUGUCCCAGUAUGCAAUAGGAUGACCAUUUAUACAACAAUGAUGAGUGCUGCUGAACCUGAAAAUUACAAGACUGUGGUGAGAGAAUGUAUGCAGUGGGUGAAUCUGUCGAAACUGACUGACUGAAACUUUUAAUGUGUCUGUGAAUAUAUAAUAUGAAUUGCCAAUUCAUAUACAGCACCAAUAUACAGGGAACAUUUUUCUAGGUAACACAUGCAUCGUGCUGUUUGGUGGUGUUUUGUUGUGUUUUUUUGGCUGUAUGUAUGUCUGCGCUACUAUUGUAGCAUGAUGUUGUAACCUAUUACUUUACUCGCUUGAAGCAACUUUCAACAUGAAUUCAAAAGAUUUUAACAUCGUUUUUUUUACCUGAUCUCAACUGUUUAUCAUGGCCUGGUCUUAAUUCUACCGUAAUAUAAACCUGUUAGUAGGCCUAUUUGUCAUUGUCAAGGGAAUGUCAAGGGAAUGCUGAAGUCGAAUAUGAUGAAAUAAAAGUUUCAAAAGUUACUGUCUAA